UAAUCGUAUUGGCGGGAGCCAACAGAACACCUUAUCCACCACCAGUUUCAGCGCCAGCAUGGCAAUAUCCAAACCAUAUCAACGCAAUUUUCCCACCACAGAUACAGAGAGUGAGAGACCAAACCACCACCUGCUGCAGGGUAAAAGAACCCAGCAAAGGAACGGAGAAAAGCUAGCAGCUGGAGAGGAAGGAGUUGGCGAGAGCGAGAGAAUGCGAAGCGUGGCGGUCUCAGAAGGGCGUUUCAUCUCCCCACAUUGUUCAUUGCCGCCAUCGCCAUGUCUUCUCAACGGCAAGCCUCUCAAGUCCCGCUUGCUCCCUCUCAGUCCCAUGAACACUACUCCUUCCUCAUCCUCCCGCCUUCUCUCCAGGUGUUCGAGAAAAGGGCUCACUGAGCCGUUUCAGGAAGUACUUCGAGGGAUGCUUCCCGGUGUGUAUGACAACGAUUCUCACGAUUCUGUAACCCUGCUCUCUCUCUCUCUCUCUCCUUUCACUGUGAAGGUUCGUGAGUUAGGUGGUAGUCAUUCGUUUAUGGGGAUAUGUUGCAAUUGGUCACAGGGAGUUGGUGAUGGCGCCAACAACAGCCGGGCGCCGGGAGAACUGGUUCGGAUUAUGGACGGCAAUGGGAAGAUAAAUUCAUUUCAAGAAAUUGGCGCUGUGGAAGCUGCUACAUUACACGAGGGCGUAAUGAAACUAUUUGUGUUCCUCUCUGGGUGUCUAGUGCUCCAGGGCUCUGAUCCAGCGGCUGCUGUUGCAAUGGAGCUCUCAAACAGUGGGUUGCAAUCCAUUCCUUAUCUUGGAGACCUUGGUGACAUUCGCACAGGUUUCGCCUCAGCAUUCUUGCUGAUAUUUUUCUCGGAGUUGGGUGACAAAACUUUUUUCAUUGCGGCACUUUUAGCGGCUAGGAAUUCUGCCGCCAUUGUCUUCACAGGGACCUUUGGCGCCCUUGGUGUAAUGACUGUCAUAUCCGUGUUACUUGGAAGAACUUUCCAUUAUGUGGAUGAGAUCCUUCCGUUCAGGUACUUACUUUGAUACUCUAGUGAAAUUUGAAGAUUUGCCUAUUGAUGAUAUUGCUGCAGUUUGCCUUUUGGUGAGUGUCAAUAUCCCUGAAUGUUUGUAUUUAAAGGUGCCAUUCCUUUGGAACUGUGUGCUUGUCAUUGAAGUAAACAACACUUUCCCUGCUAACUUGAGUAUAUUUCAGGUCUAUUUCGGGAUAUCAACAUUAAUUGAUGCCUCUUCAAGCGAUAGCCCAAAAGCAGAAGAUGAACAAAAGGAAGCGGAGCUAGCAGUUUCAGAGUUCUCCGGAAAUGGUGCAGGCAUUUUAUCCGCUGCUAACACCAUUGUCAGCACAUUUGCUUUGGUUUUUGUUGCUGAAUGGGGUGACAAAUCAUUUUUCUCUACAAUUGCACUUGCUGCUGCAUCUUCCCCUCUUGGUGUCAUUGCUGGAGCUCUGGCUGGUCAUGGUGUUGCAACCUUGAUUGCUGUCUUGGGAGGUUCUUUACUGGGAACAUUCCUAUCAGAGAAGGUACAGAAACUCUUGAAACCUCUCCAACUUUGUUUGAUCUGCAUAUCUUGAAAUAAAAUGCCUGUUUCAUAACUUGGAAUUUCAUUAUGUACUAAAAGUGAAAACCCAUAAUAUGCUAAUGACAUUUUGACGAGUGACAUGUGAUCCUCUUCCUGGUCCCCAAAAAAGAGUUCCUGACUGAAAGACUCAAAGGUGCCAUCAGCAUCUUAACUCUCAACCAUUCAAGUUGUCACCCAACCCUCAUCAGUCUUUUGCCCUUUGAAUACUGAUUUUCCAUUAUACCGAAAGAAAAAGACAAUCCUAGAUGAAGACCAAUAACCAGAGUUAUUGUGAGUGGAAGAACCAUGAACCAAGUACAAAGAACCCAACCACAAAAUGUCUUGUCUCUAGUACUCUCUUCUUUUUUCUACCACCAACCCUAUAAUGUUUGAAAACUCUGAUCACCUUACGACAGGCUGAAUUCCGAGCAGCAUAUAAUAACAUACGCUGCUGGGCUGGAAUAUAUGUUGUAGAUCUUUUACACUUCUCAUAAUCUGCAACAAUUACACGUGCUUGUACAGAAUCAGCUUCUUAUUCAACUUCCGCCAUUAUAUUAUGAUGGACUGAGGACAAAAGGAGAAGGACAAAAAUUCUUUUUUGGUGCUUUUGGACAGGUCAUAGCAUACAUUGGUGGGAUUCUUUUCCUUGUCUUCGCCGCCAUGACACUGAUCGAGAUUGUGAGUUGAAAAGGCGCAACUAUGACAGGCAUGGUGUUGCUAUUGCCCCCAUUCUUCAGUUUUUGUAGGCAUUAGAAUGUCUCAGGUCCAGCCAUGCUCCAGUUAGCACAAAGCAUAAAGGAGUUUGAUUUGUUUGGAUUUGUUAUCAUCAUUGUAUCAAUCAAACUAACAUUUGUUUAGUAAAUAGAACUUGCACGCUGUCCUCUAUGUAAAUUUCAAGCAGCUCGAUUCAUCUGCCUGGGACUUUUGAUUUGUCUAGUUUUAAUGUAAAAUUGGUAAGAAAGUACAGGCAUUUUUGGCCUUUUGGUUUGUCUAUGUGGGAAGCUUAGCUCGAAGUAGGGAUUUUUUAUUUGAUAACCCAGAACAU